CAACCAGUUAGCAAGUCGGACAUUUCCAAGUUUCCUAGUUCUGACAAGCAUGUGAACGCGGCAUAAUAGCCCAUCCGCCAUUGUGGAAUAGAGUAAGGGAUAUUCCAAUCUGGCAGUUUCAGAGUAAGUGAUACAUUGUAACCGAACGUCAACUAGAUCGGAAACAUUUAAUACCACAGACAAAGUCGCGAUCCUCGGUGCUCGAGAAAAUAUUGUAGGGAAAGAUCUGACGACUGGAGAAAAACACCGCCUCUACAUACAGAGAUUGGAUAACCCGAGACGAGCUGAGAAAAAUACCGGAGUGCAGAAGCAGGAGAAACCGUGGACAGUCGCAAACAGAAAUCCGUUUCGGCUCCUGGAGGAUGUCUGCAACCACAGUCGAUCAGAGACCCAAAGGACAAGGAAAUAAAGUACAAAACGGAUCAAUGCAUCAGAAGGAUGGAGUAAACGAUGAAGACUUUGAACCUUACCUAAGCAGCCAGACAAAUCAGAAUAACAGCUACCCACCAAUGUCCGACCCCUACAUGCCCAGCUACUAUGCUCCCUCCAUAGGCUUCCCUUACUCCCUGGGAGAGGCGCCCUGGUCCACUGCGGGGGACACCCCCAUGCCCUACCUGACCACCUAUGGACAGAUGAGCAAUGGCGAGCACCACUUUAUCCCUGACGGGGUGUUCAGCCAGCCGGGCGCCCUGGGCAAUACCCCUCCCUUCCUCAGCCAGCAUGGCUUCAACUUCUUCCCUGGAAACGCAGACUAUUCCACCUGGGGCACCAGUGUCUCUCAGGGCCAGUCCACACAGAGCAAUGCCUAUAGUAAUAGUUAUGGUUACACACCUAGUUCCCUGGGGAGAGCUAUAGCUGAUGGACAGGCAGGCUUCAGCAGUGAUGCCCAGCUCAGUAAGGUCCCGGUGCUGAGCAGCAUCGAGCAGGGCAUGACUGGGUUAAAACUGGGAACGGACAUGGGCGCCGCCGUCACCAAGACUGUCGGCUCGCCCCUCGGGGGCAUGAGUAGCAUGGCGGCCAAUAGCAUGCCACCGUUGGUUAGUUCCUCAGCCCCCAAACCCACGUCCUGGGCGGCCAUCGCCAGGAAGCCAGCCAAGCCCCAGCCCAAGGUCAAGCCCAAAGCCAACAUGGGGAUGGGGGGCCCUACCAUUCCCCCGCCGCCCAUCAAGCACAACAUGAACAUUGGCACCUGGGACGAUAAGGGCUCCCUCAACAAGCCCCCCUUAGCUCAGACCAUGAUGCCCCCUCAGACCAUGGUGCAGCAGACCCUGAUGGGCCAGCCCCUGCUGCAGAGCCCUCUGCCCCACCAACAUCAGCCCCAACAUCAGCCCCAACACCAGCACCAACACCAGCAGCACCACCAACCCUUUCAGCUGCAGUCGCUCCAGUCCCCCCAACAUCCCCAGCAGAUUCCCCCAGGCCCCCACACCCCCACCAACACCCCCACCCCCACCAGAACUUUUCCUCCCAGCCCGGCCCCCCAACCCAUUCAUCAACACCAACACUCCCAGCUCCCACCCCAGAACCGCUGGGUGGCUCCUCGGAACAGGGGCACCUUCAACCAGGGAGGGGUGGAAGGCUUUGGGAUGGGUGUUGGUGGGGUCCCCCUCAGUGCCUCUCCCUGUUCCGGGGAGGUGCACCCCGUGUUAGAGAAACUGCGGGCCCUCAACAACUACAACCCCAAAGACUUUGACUGGAACCUGAAGAACGGCCGCGUGUUCAUCAUCAAGAGCUACUCUGAGGACGACAUCCACCGCUCCAUCAAGUACUCCAUCUGGUGCAGCACCGAGCAUGGCAACAAGCGCCUGGACGGGGCCUACCGCUCGCUGGGGGCCAAGGGACCCCUCUACCUGCUGUUCAGCGUCAACGGCAGUGGUCAUUUCUGCGGCGUGGCGGAGAUGCGCUCGCCUGUGGAUUACAACUCCUACGCAGGCGUUUGGUCUCAGGACAAGUGGAAGGGCAAGUUUGAGGUGAAGUGGGCGUUUGUGAAGGACGUGCCCAACAACCAGUUGAGGCACAUCAGGCUGGAGAACAAUGACAACAAGCCCGUCACCAACUCCAGGGACACUCAGGAGGUGCCUCUGGAGAAGGCCAAGCAAGUGCUUAAAAUUAUCGCAACUUUCAAGCAUACCACCUCAAUCUUUGAUGACUUUGCACAUUAUGAGAACCGCCAGGAGGAGGAAGAGGCCCUGCGGAGGGAGCGGAAUAGAAAUCCACAGUAACCAUACAGAGAUCUCCCUGCUAGAAGGCAAACACGAAUGACAUAGGACCUUAAAUAAUUAGCCUAACCACACGGAAACUAAGGGUUUUGCCAUCUUUUCUGCUGAAGACAACAACAACAAGAUGACGACGUCGUAUCUCGUGACGUGAACACGACGACGGACUCGCCUGUAUCAGUUCUCUGGUGAUGUACCCCAGUGUUCCUGUCUGGGGGAAAAAGGAAAUAACAUUACUCACUUUAAACUCUUCUAAAACAGCCUCUACCAAUACCCUGAACUCUCUAAUAACUCUCUUAAAGCACUUUCAGUCCUUCUAAAACAGCCUCUACCAAUACCCUGAACUCUCUAAUAACUCUCUUAAAGCACUUUCAGUCCUUCUAAAACAGCCUCUACCAAUACCCUGAACUCUCUAAUAACUCUCUUAAAGCACUUUCAGUCCUUCUAAAACAGCCUCUACCAAUACCCUGAACUCUCUAAUAACUCUCUUAAAGCACUUUCUCUCUGGACUUCUGUUUGUUAUAACUAACUGACUAACCAGUGUAGUUGCUUUUUCUGAAUCUUUCACCAGAUUAUUUGUCGUUUUUUUGUUAAGUUUUUAAUACCUCCCAAAUUGUGGGGAAGACAAAUGUAGUUCCCCUCCUCCCAUGAACUUCAGCACCUUCAGACAACAUUAAAACAGGUAUCAUGUGUAACACAAUUAUUUACUUGAAUCUGACCUCGGCUUGUGAUUGAUUGACAGGUGAGAGAAAUGACAGGACACGCCCAAAAUAAUGCCAAUCAUUAGACGAACCCGGCCCUUACUCCCGCCCCUUUAUUUCUGCAUCUGUUUCUGUGUAUCAAACGAUGAGAUGGAUGAUGUAGUGAGCUGGGUGAACGGCAGUUAAUGCACAUGUUUGUUUAAUUUCUCAUGAUUAUUAUGUAACUCUGAAGUGCAUUUGUCUGAGGAGAAAUCUGCUCUGCGGUAACAGUCGCCUUGGUAGCUGUCGGUAACUUGUCUUUUAUUCUGUUGUUAAUGUACUGUACCGUACCUCAGGCUAAAGCUGGGGCCUGUUCAGGAGGCUUCAACGUUACACAACAUUCAGAUAGCAAAUGCAUUGUGUAGAGUAGAUAGGAUUCUCUGUUAUGUUGGGAAUCAGGGAAUCUUGUCUGGUUCCAUCUGCAACGUUGGGUAAUGUUUCACCUCACUGAGCAGGCCCCAGGCUCUCUGUCUCUGAAGAACUCUAUAACGCUUUUGGGAUGACCCUCCUCCCCUGGCGUUCCUGGCUCCAGGUAGAAGUUACCAUUAACCACAGAUCUGGGAUCAGAUACUUUACCCCACACCCUAACCUAAACCAUGAGGGGGAUGAAAGACAUAUCUGAUCAUAGAUCAGUGGUUAGGAGUGACUUCAGCCUGCUGCCCAUUUGCUGCUUGGUGUAACAGAGGGGUUUCCUGAAAGCUGAACAUCACCAAGGAAGUGAGCAUUUUCUCCUCAAGGUGUCUCGCUAGCGAAAAUAAACAUUACCCAUGUUUAGUGAAA